AUGCAUAGUAAUCCUAGACUGACCUCCUCUACAAAUGGCGUAAUUAGAUAGAAUAGCUGGUAGGUUUCUCGGCACAUAGUCGACAUUUUAAUUUCUCCUUCAACUGUUUAGCAAACUGUCACGUGUAACAAGGGUCGCGUACGUCUGACGUCAUCCAGGGCGACGGCUACUGAAGCCACGCGGCCUCCCCGAAUUGUAGCGACAGCCGCUCGAGAGCAAGACUGUUGUGGAGUGAGGCAGAAGUUUCAACGAGGUUAGAAAGUUUUCCAUCACCGACAGACAGAGGAGAAAAAGAAAAAUCUGCUGUUUACUGGAACAUCUCAAUGGAUGUGAAACAGGAGACCUGUGAUGUGGACACAAAUAUCAUGGAGAAAACUGUAAAUAUUAAGGAAAAGGACUGUGAGUGGGAGUCCAUCUACCUUAAACAGGAAAGUCCGAGGGAGGACAGUGAACUGCAGCCAGUGGGCAUUAAAGAAGAACCUGAAGAGAAGUCUGUCAGUAUUGAGACACAUAACCGUACAAAUCUGGACAGUGUAAAAGAAGACAACCAUCAAGAUGGGUGUCAAGAUGGAGUGGUGACCAGGUUAGACUCUUCUCAAAGCAGACACUGUUCAUCUCCAGAGCCUUCUAUCAAUGUGAAGUCCGAAUCAUUAGAGUCUGAACCAAAGAGGGAUGGGGAAACUACAUCUGUUAGAGCUCAGAAAAAUAAGCGACCACCUUCAAAGAAGUCUGGAAAAAGAAAGAAAAAUCACUGCAGUGUGGAAUGUGGCAGAGAAUUCUCUAACAGGAGUGCUCUUCAGAAACACACGAGAGUUCACACUGGAGAGAAGACAUGUUGCUGUAAUGAAUGUGGGAAACAGUUUUCACAUAAAGGCGAUCUUGAGAUACACACUAGAGUUCACACUGGAGAGAAGCCAUAUUGCUGUAAUGAAUGUGGCAAACAGUUUUCAGUGACAAGCAAUCUUCAGAAACACACGAGAGUUCACACCGGAGAGAAGACCUAUUGCUGUAAUCAAUGUGGGAAACAGUUUUCACAAAAAGGCAAUCUUCAGAUACACACUAGAGUUCACACUGGAGAGAAGCCAUAUUGCUGUAAUGAAUGUGGUAAACAGUUUUCAGUGACCAGCAAUCUUCAGAAACACACGAGCGUUCACACCGGAGAGAAGACAUAUUGCUGUAAUCAAUGUGGGAAACAGUUUUCACAAAAAGUCGAUCUUCAGAACCACACGAGAGUUCACACUGGAGAAAAGCCAUAUUCCUGUAAUGAAUGUGGCAAACAGUUUUCAGUGACAAGCAAUCUUCAGAAACACACGAGAGUUCACACCAGAGAGAAGCCAUAUUGCUGUAAUGAAUGUGGGAAACAGUUUUCACAAAAAGGCAAUCUUCAGAUACACACUAGAGUUCACACUGGAGAGAAGCCAUAUUGCUGUAAUGAAUGUGGCAAACAGUUUUCAGUGACAAGCAAUCUUCAGAAACACACGAGAGUUCACACCAGAGAGAAGCCAUAUUGCUGUAAUGAAUGUGGUAAACAGUUUUCACAAAAAGGCAAUCUUCAGAUACACAUGAGAGUUCACACCAGAGAGAAGCUAUAUUGCUGUAAUUAAUGUGGUUAACAGUUUUCACAGAUAGUCAGUCUUCAGAUACACACAAGAGUUCAUAACAGAAUAAAAAGGGUAGUAGUUCAAAAAUUAGUCCAGUAAAACAAGAACACUUCAGGACUCAAUAGUGAGGUUCAGUCGUGUCUUGAAAAGUAAGCAGACUAAACUAUUGUUGAGAAAUGAAUCUCAAAGAGAAGCCAUAUUGCUGUUUGGAAUGUGGCAAACAAAUCUGUCAGAGCAGUACAGAGACGCACCAGAAUUCACACCAGAGAGAAGUGCAACUGAACUGUCCCGACUAAAGAGUGACGUUCACUCCUGUCUGGACAGUAAGCACAUGUAACUGACACAAAUCCAUCCUACUUAGUGUGGUGUCAAAAACAAAUCAACAUGGAGGAGAAAGAGAAGUUUAUAUCCUUUUUCCUUUUCCAGAAACAAAAUAACAGGGCGUCAUACAAACGGCUUCUCACCAAAGCCCCUACAGCCUCCACCAUGUGCCUAGCUCUGUUUUCAUAACAUACGUAUUACAUAUAAAACUGUUUACAAUAUAUCAUACACAUUUCAUCAGAAAAAAGAAAAAAAAAACACUUUGCAAUAUACAUAGCCUCACACAAUAAAUAAUAGUUCAGCUUUAUAAUAUUACUAGCCAACCCGUGGCGUAACAUACGCCGCAUAAUUAUGUAUUGAUGGGUGAACACUUGCUGAACGACACAGUUGUCCAAAUGGGGUGGGUUUGUGGAUACCACUGUGAGUGAAUGAAAAGAUGGACCUCUGGAGAGAGCAACAUACAAUUGUCCGUGACUGAAAGCGGGGUCGUCUGUGACGAUGGAGGCCACGCUGGUGAAAGUUACUUCGUCAGUAGAGAUAAGUUUCAGCACUUGUUCAUUAAGGUGUAGCGAGUCUUCGUUGUUGACACUUAAUAUAGCUUGCGUACUGAGUUGUUCCGGAGUCACAGUUGAGAAACACUUUUUAAAUGUCUUUUUAGCACAGGGAAAAAAAUGAACAUGUGAAACAUCCGUAAUGUAAUAAGCCACCAAGAAAAGUAACAUUGCAACAAU